CCCCCCCCCCCCCAGCCGCGCCAGCCAACAGCCCGGCCGACACGGGAAUCCGACCGUCGGCAGCGAACGCGGGCCGAACCCCGCCGCCCGGCGGCAAAGCGAGCGACGGAUCCCCGUCCGCGGGCAGCGAGACGCAGAGGCGCUAUGCGAAUGCAGGAGCUGGCGCUGCUCCUGGUCGCGGUGAUGGUCAUGGCCCAUCGGCUGGAGGCGGGACAACACGCGGUGAGCAACACGAGAGGCAUCCCGCAGGCGAAUAGCUCCUCACUGCAAGGGGAUCGAGUGCGGAGGGACGUGGUCUGCCCGACCUCCGAGUACAGGCCCACGGGGAAGGAUUACUGUUGCAACGAAUGUCCGGCCGGAUUUUACAAGCGGUCGGACUGUGAGGGGAUGAACCUGCGGACGGAGUGCGCGGAGUGUCAGCCGGGAACGUUCACGGCGUACAGGAACCACGUCUCGCGCUGCAGGGCCUGUCAGCAGUGUGACUCAGAUCCCUCUCAUCCUCCUAAACUCAAGCCCAGUCGCUCCAACCUUCCAACGUGUGAUAGCCCCGCCAUUCCGGGAUUGACCUCGUGA